UUCUAUAUCACAACCCACAACAAUGCUUCCAAGUAGACUCGGUCGACGCAGAAAACUUUUAGUCUUUCAACCAGCGACACUGCACUAGAUUGCAGUGCCGUGCUGUCAUGCAAAAACGUCGUGUUGUCUUGUGUGCAGUGUCCAGCCAAGCAAGCUGAUCGUUGCCCUGCGCCGAUGUGUCCAGUUCUGCGGUCUUCAACAUCAUCACAGUCUUGUAUGCCUGAGAAGUACCACUGCAUGAAAUCGUACAUAAGUCAUUGAAUGCGUCUUGUACGUACAUGUGUCAAUGACGAUUAUGUAGCUUGUUUGCAUCACAGCAAAGGCAGUGCAGUGGGAAAAAGGAAAUAGGGAUACUGUGUUUUGUCAAUCAGGACUCGCGAGCUACCUGUGAGUCUAGAGUUUCUUUAUGAUCAGUUUCGUUGUGAGUUAGUCACCAGGUCACUGUGUCUCGAGUAUGGCAACGCCGGAGGAAGUGGAAUGGCCAAUAGGACUAAGUGGCAAGUUGUGGAAGCGGGAGAAGAAGGUCGUGAGGAACUUCCUCGCCAGACACAAGUACGAGUACGACCUCAAGCCGUACAUUGCUCCGAAAGUGCGGUGCUCGGCGGAUGGUCUGUAUGAUAUACCAAGUGAGGACGACCUGGACGACUUUGUGUAUUUCCAUGGAGACGAGCUACACAAGAGUUUUAACAAGGUGAUUAUUGUCUUCUUCUACGAUAAGACACGCGACUACACCGAAGACAUCAUGCCGCUAUACCGACGUUGGAAGGCACCAGCUGAUGUCAUCAAGGCGACCAUAGAUUUCAAGAAGAUGUCAGAUCAAGUAAAGGAUUCUUACAAGAUCGGCUCGGCUCAAUUUGUCUUCUUUCUCAAUUGCCGCGAGAUGACUCGCUACAACGGCGUGAGCAUAGGAUUUCUCCUAGCCGUUCACCGCCGGAUGUACCGAGAGUUCAGCACCUACAUGACUGAGCACAUGGAGUACAUGAAUCACGUGAAAGCUGAGAGAAAGCUACUGUGGAGGCUGGACACAUUGGCCAGAGUACGGGCGGUGAUACAACAGCCACGCAAGCACGAACAGCACUUGGAGGACUUGCACCAGAAACGCUACGGCACCUCGCGAGGCAUUCGCAUGCGCUACAAGUUCAUGGACGCCGACCUUUGCGCGAUGAAUGAACGAUACCGUCGGCAGCUGAACGAUCUCCGCGGCGACACCACCGAUGAGCAAGCUGAAAAGAAGAAGAAGGAUUGGACGGAUUUCAACCAUGAGCUCUUGAAGCUAAGCCGACCAACUGCAACGGAGCCUAGCUUUGGUUUCUAUCAGCCGGAGAUACCGGGGGACGCAUUCCGUCGUGAACGACGCCGCCCAAUGGGUUAUAAAUUCAGUGAAAGCCACGCUGAAGGUGAGGGUUGUCAUGCCGACCGCAGUGAUCGUUCAAAACGUCACGUGGAUCUCAAUCCGUAUAGCGAGGAUGAAGACGACGACUACUGGGAUGAAAGCGAACAGAUGCAGGAGAAGAGGCGAAAGAUUGCCGAGUUUCGGAAAAAGGCCAGCGAGGAAGCAGAGAAAGCAGAGAAGCCCCUGUACCGAUCGGGGAAUGUAGUGUUCUCCGACAAAUCUCGUUCUAGAUACGUAUGGUCAAGAAGUGAGAGUGCUAACGUUAGAGACACUACACAGCAUGGUGCUCGAUCAGCAAAGUUUUCACGGCAUGUUAGUCAGGAUGUACAUGUACCUCGGAGUUCGGAUCCGCCUGGUCACCCGUGAUGAUAAUAUUAUACUGAAAACAUGUUAACAAUGGUCUUUUCCAUGGAUGUUAGUCUGGAGUGUGGCAGCAAGGCUGCAAUCCUCUUGUGUUGUUUCA